AAAGAUCAGCCAGUGCAGUUUCGGUGGCAGUCCAGAAAACAUUAAAAAUCAAAUCGAAUUCAAUUUAAUAAUAUCGUUAUUUCGAAAAAAUAUAAUUUCAAAAUGGAAAUUUCCAUGAAAUUGUGUUUUAUUGUUGUCUUUACUUGGAUUUCGAUGACACAAGUAAUGGGUGCAAAAAUUCUUCCGGAAAAGCCAUCAUUUCUAACCAUUUGCAAACGCUCCGAUCCGGAAUUUGGUACAUGUUUUGCUAAAAAUUUGCAAGCGGCAUUUUUUGAAUGGAAAUCAGGUGUUCCCGGUCUAAAAUCAAUCCGUUCCUUGGAUCCUCUUCACUUCAAACGUGUCACAAUCAAACAGGGAGAUCAAGGCAAUCCCAUCUCUAUCAACAUGGAAUUGGAGAAGGCAGCCCUUGCCGGUUUGGGUGGAACUGCAAUUGAUGACGUGGGAUCGAAUGGCAAUACUUUGGAUAUGAAAUUGAAGAUAACAAUUCCAUCCUUCAAGCUGACCGGUGAUUAUAAACUGCAGGGAAAUAUUCUGAGUUUGGCCUUGAACAGUCAAGGAAAAGCUGUUAUAACAUUUGAUAAUGCUGUUCUAAUACUAAAUGUUCAAUUUAAAUUGAACGAGCGUAACGGUUACGAAUUUGCCGAUGUUGACAAAUUCCAAUUGGAUUGGAUCGAGAAUGGUGGCAUUCAAUUCCAUUUCAAUAAUCUAUUCAAUGGCGAUAAAGCUUUGGAAGAUGGAGCUCUGGCUUUGUUGAAUGCAAACUGGAGUACCCUGUUCGAUGUUCUGCGACCUUCGCUGAGUCAAACGAAUCAAGUUGUUGUAAAAGAUAUUAUAACUAAAAUAUUUGCCUAUGUACCGGCGAAUUAUUUAAUGGAGGAAUAAAAUUUGAAUAUAUCAUAUAAA